CGCCCCGAAUGCAAAUAUCUGCAACCAUGGGGGUCGUGGGCCGGAUGGAUAUGCUCGUCUGGGGCUGAUACGGCAAACUGUUGAUGUUGCGUGUUUACCUUCACACUAGGAAGUUGGCCAAGACUUCAGACAAUUUAACCAUGUUUGUUACAUCAGUGAAAUCCGGGUUCUGUGGUGUUUCCGGGAAAGGAGCUAUACAUAACUAGGGUGACCCUGACCUUCGCACUUCCUGGAUCAUGGAUCGCCAAGCAGAACUCAGUGCAACAAUGAAAGACACGUGUGCAGCGACUAUAGAAACACCCAGUCGUCUGCUUAUCUUCUACCAACCAACCCUCAGCACCAGUAUCUCCGCUUAUCUCCCUUCUUACGUCAUCAGACGACUUGUUGGAGAGAAGGUGACAAUAGGUCGAAGCUCGAGUGCAGACGUUAGGUUGAAUGACGAGCGUAUGUCAAGAAUGUACGCUGAGAUAUGGAACGAUGGUAGAGAUCCGUUUGUCUUCAAAAUCCGCAAUAUCAGCGAGAGGAAGAUGGUGAUAGUCGACAGCAAAGUACUGAAUAAAGAUGACCAAGCCUCUUUCAAAGACAACUGCACCCUUAAACUUGAUUUUGUAGAACUUCUUCUAAAAGUGUGCCCUGGUGACGCUAUUGCGGCGACCUACGAAGUCAGCGUUAUCAAGAACGCUGUCGUCGGCAGGGGCCCUCCUUGUGACCUCGGGUCUUCCCACGGAGACACCUUCCGAUCAACCUCCCUCCUGCGUUGUCUCAUGCCCCACACAGACACCGAGGGGUGUCCUGCGUCUGGGAAGGAUUAUACAAGUUCACGCCAAUCCCUUCCCCCCGAACCUCUUAGUAAGUGUUCAAGAAAUGACCUUGACUCUGGUUGUGUCUUUGAUACAAGUGGAAAGUACCGCCCAAACAUUCCAGCCAAUCAACAUCCAGCAUCCACACCACGGUGCCACACCUGCCUAAGAGCGGGUCCUGAUAGAAGGCGAUCAUCUCCUUGCGAAAAUAGUGACGUCAUCAACGAUGGAACAACAGACGACAAUAAUGCGUUUUGAUAUCUGUGUGAUGCUGUCAAUGCGAUGUAGGCUAUAUCAUUAUGUAAAGUCAAAUGGUCAUACUCAAUAGGUAAUCUCGGAUUGUAUCAAGCGUCCAAGAGUGAGUGAGUGAGUGAGUGAGUGAGUGAGAGGGGUUUUACGCCGCUUUUAGCAAUAUUCCAGCAAUAUAACGGCGGGGGACACCAGAAAUGGGCUUCACACAUUGUACCAAUGUCGGGAAUCGAACCCGGGUCUUCGGCGUGACGAGCGAACGCUUUAACCACUUGGCUACCCGACCGCCCACUAAGCGUCCAAGAGACGACAUCCUGGAUGACUUCUAAUGUGAACAGGAUUGUUUCCCUCCCCGCUGGUAUUAAUACCGUAGCCAGAUCAUACCAUGAUGGACCUCAGCUUGUGAUCUCACAGAACACUGGAUAAAGUCUCAACGAUUUCAUAAUUUUAGUAAAUUGUUAUUUGUGAAACAUGUAUGCAUUAUCGAGUAAUUGACAAAUAAAUUGGCUCAAUUUCCAAA